UGAUCGUGCUCACUUGUUAUUUGAUUUUCAUCAAGUAGUAGAUGGCCUUAGAGAGGCCGAGCUAGCUAAUUCCUUUAUUGGCACUACCAAGAGAGGCAUUGGACCAUGUUACUCCAGCAAAGUUAUUUGCAAUGGCAUUAGAAUAUGUGACCUUAGGCAUAUGGACACUUUCCCUCAGAAGCUUGAUCUCUUAUUGUCGGAUGCAGCUUUAAGAUUCCAAGGUUGUAAGUAUAGCCCAGACAUGCUCAAAGAAGAAGUUGAAAAAUACAAGAGAUUUGUUGAGAGGUUGGAACCCUUCAUUGCUGGCACUGUGCAUGUCGUGAAUGAAUCCAUUGCACAAAAGAAGAAGAUUUUAGUGGAAGGUGGUUAGGCAACCAUGCUGGAUAUUGACUUUGGAACCUAUCCAUUUGUAACUUCCUUUAGCCCAUCAGCUGGUGGAAUCUGUACUGGUCUUGGCAUUGCCCCUAGAAUUCUUGGUGACCUAGUUGGAGUGGUUAAAGCGUACACCACUAGAGUUGGUUCAGGUCCUUUCCCAACAGAAAUCUUGGGUAAAGGUGGUGACCUCCUUAGGUUUGCUGGGCAGGAGUUUGGCACGACUACUGGUCGUCCUCGUUGUCCUCGUCGUUGUGGCUGGCUUGAUGUAGUUGCUCUAAAAUACUGCUGUCAGAUUAAUGGCUUUUUUUCUCUAAAUCUCACUAAGCUUGAUGUCUUAUCGGAUCUUCCUGAAAUUCAGUUGGGGGUAUUGUAUAAACACAUUGAUGGUACACCAGUCAAAUCCUUCCCUGGUGAUCUUCGCGUUCUCGAGCAACUGAAGGUGGAAUAUGAAGUUUUAUUGGGGUGGCAAUGUGAUAUUUCGAAGGUGAGAAACUACUCUGAUCUUCCAAAGGCUGCACGGGAAUACGUGGAAAGGAUAGAAGAACUUGUUGGUAUUCCCAUCCAUUACAUAGGCGUCGGGCCUGGGCGUGAUGCUCUUAUAUACAAGUGAUAUUAUUUA